GCGGCCCGCGGGGACUGCGGCGGCCACCAGAACCCCAGCAAAACCACCACGACAACAGUCAGCGACCUCAGCAAAACAGAGGAGAAAAAGCAAAGCAAGUCACAGCAGCUGAAGAAGGUUUUCCAAGAAUAUGGAGCCGUCGGCAUGUCGGUGCACAUUGGAAUCUCCUUAGUCUCCCUGGGCAUGUUUUACAUGGUUGUUUCGAGUGGUGUGGACAUGUCAGCCAUCCUGCUUAAGCUCGGAUUUAAGGAGUCAUUGGUCCAGUCAAAAAUGGCCGCGGGCACAAGCACCUUCGUGGUGGCCUACGCCAUCCACAAGCUGUUUGCACCCGUCAGAAUCAGCAUCACCUUGGUUUCCGUGCCCUUGCUUGUCAGGUAUUUUCGGAAAGUGGGAUUUUUUAAACCUCCCCCUGCAAACCCUUGAUGAACUCUUCAACUGUGGGCCUGGAGACCCCUUUCUGUUAAAUUACACAAUUCGGAUUGAUUUUAAGGUUGUAGGGAUUUGUUUGUUUGUUUGUUUGUUUGGGGGGGCAGGGGCUACUUUCUGUGUUCUCAUGGAUAAGUUUUACUUUUGCCAGCAAAAUUCGAGUGUUUAAGUAAUUGUAAUUUGUCUUGCUUUAUAAAUUUUGUUAGGGCUACUCACCAUAGGGCUUAUAUGCAUUAUCUAAAUUGUCAGCAAAACAUCACAAAUGAGUCGUCAUCGUCAGCUGUUAGCUUACUAGCGUACUUUAGAACUGUUCCUCUGAAAGAUGGCCCUAGGGGUCCAUCUUUGUUCACAUUCUUAAAGAGCAACGAUUCAUUAAGCUAAUUUUAAAAUUCCCUUUCCUCCAGUAUUUGUGGUCAGGCUGCCUGCGGUUUAAUAUGCAAUAUUCUGCAGAACAGCUGCCAGUGUUGCCAUUAAUGAAGCAGAAUUGAAGACUUAACAAUAUGUAAUAAUUAGCAUCAACACCUUUACAUUCAUUACACUUGUCUGGGGGAAAGGAAAACAAGUAUUUCCGGUGUUUCCUUAGUCCCCAAAUCCCGUCAAAUCCAGACAAGCCGGGGCCUAGCUCAGGUUUUUCUCAAAUUUCAUGAAAGUAGGUCAGGGUCAUUUGUCUCUGUCCAGGUGAAAUGUGGAAACUUGUCCAGCGGUAAUGGCGUCCUGUGGCUCCUGCAGCCCAGGUCCUCAGAGGAUGUGGACAUUGCACAUAUAGAAAGCUGAGACAGUCCUGGCCUAACCCUGUAGCUCAAACUCCAAACAUUCCAGAACUGUCAGUGUUUACAUUCUGUUGCUGCUUAUAUUUUUCAACUAUGUUAAAAUUAUGUACAGUAACAGAAAGAUUUUGAAUCUCGCUCUAAAAA